AUGAUGAAGAUUGUUACGGCCUUCAUUUUUCUUUUGGUCUCGCCUUUUGUUUCCCGUUGUUUGUCUGCAGACAUUGACUCAGACAAGCAAGCACUGCUUGAGUUUGCAUCUCUUGUUCCUCACAGUCGCAAACUCAACUGGAACAACACAAAUCCGAUCUGCUCUUCUUGGACUGGCAUCACCUGCUCCAAGAACGAUGCUCGUGUAAUCGCACUCCGUUUGCCUGGAUCUGGACUUUAUGGACCUUUGCCAGAGAAGACAUUUGAGAAGCUUGACGCCCUCAGGAUCAUUAGCCUUCGAUCUAACAACCUUCAAGGGAACAUUCCACCUGCCAUUCUCUCCCUUCCUUUUAUCAGGUCACUCUACUUUCAUGACAACAACUUCUCUGGUACUAUCCCUCCCACUCUUUCUCAACGCCUUGUUAAUCUUGAUCUCUCCACCAACUCGCUAUCGGGCAACAUUCCUGCGAGUCUACAAAACCUUACCCACCUCACCGAUCUCAGCCUACAAAACAAUUCUCUCAGUGGGCCAAUCCCUGACCUUCCUCCUAGCCUAAAAUACUUGAAUCUGAGCUUCAAUAACCUGAAUGGGUCAAUUCCAUCUUCUAUAAAGUCCUUCCCAGCAUCCUCGUUUCAAGGUAAUAGCCUCUUAUGUGGUGGUCCCUUAACUCUAUGCCCAGAAAACACCACUGCACCAUCUCCUUCCCCCACUUCACCAACCAAAAGUCCCAGUCCAACGAAAAGUCCCGGUACAUCCAAAAGAGUUCUCUCCACUGAAGCUAUUGUCGGCAUUGCAGUUGGAGGUUCGGUUCUGUUGUUUAUCAUUCUUGUCAUCAUAACCCUUUGCUGUGCCAAGAAAAGAGAUGGCGGACAAGACAGCACUGCAGUGCCAAAAGCUAAACCCGGGAGGAGUGACAACAAGGCCGAGGAGUUUGGAAGUGGGGUGCAGGAGGCAGAGAAAAACAAGCUGGUCUUCUUUGAAGGAAGUUCAUACAACUUUGAUCUUGAAGACUUGCUCAGAGCCUCAGCUGAGGUUCUAGGAAAAGGAAGCUAUGGUACAACGUAUAAGGCCAUCUUAGAAGAAGGAACCACGGUGGUGGUGAAGAGGCUGAAAGAAGUAGCAGCUGGGAAACGGGAGUUCGAGCAGCAGAUGGAAGCCGUUGGAAGGAUCAGUCCACACGAGAAUGUAGCUCCUCUCCGUGCUUAUUACUUCUCUAAAGACGAAAAACUACUCGUGUAUGAUUACUACCAAGGGGGCAAUUUCUCUAUGAUGCUUCAUGGAAGCAAUGAUGGAGGAAGAGCGGCGUUGGACUGGGAAACAAGGUUAAAGAUCUGUUUGGGAGCAGCAAGAGGAAUUGCUCACAUCCAUUCUGCAUCUGGUUCUAAACUCCUACACGGAAACAUCAAAUCACCAAACGUCCUCUUGACACAAGACCUCCAAGUCUGUGUCUCAGAUUUCGGUAUAGCUCCAUUGAUGAGCCAUCACACCUUGCUCCCAUCAAGAAGCUUAGGGUACAGAGCACCAGAAACCAUAGAAACCCGAAAACACACUCAGAAAUCCGACGUGUACAGCUUCGGUGUACUGUUGCUAGAAAUGCUGACAGGGAAAGCAGCCGGGAAAACGACGGGACACGAGGAAGUAGUGGACCUCCCCAAAUGGGUGCAGUCAGUUGUGAGAGAGGAAUGGACCGGAGAAGUGUUUGACGUAGAGCUCAUCAAGCAGCAACACAAUGUUGAAGAAGAGAUGGUGCAGAUGUUGCAGAUAGCAAUGGCUUGCGUCUCAAAGCAUCCAGACUCUAGGCCUACCAUGGAGGAAGUUGUUAACAUGAUGGAUGAGGUUCGACCUUCUACAGGUUCUGGUCCUGGUUCUGCCAACAGAGCUUCCUCCCCGGAGAUGAUCAGAAGCUCUGAUAGUCCGGUUUAG